CUUUGCUCGGCCUCCGACGGGGGCCGGCCCUUUUGAAGGCGCCUUCUUCGGCAGCAGGACCGGGCAGCCCACCCCACCAUGACCGAGAACUCCACGUCGGCCCCUGCGGCCAAGCCCAAGCGGGCCAAGGCGUCCAAGAAGUCCACGGACCACCCCAAGUACUCGGACAUGAUCGUGGCCGCCAUCCAGGCGGAGAAGAACCGCGCGGGCUCCUCGCGCCAGUCCAUCCAGAAGUACAUCAAGAGCCACUACAAGGUGGGCGAGAACGCCGACUCGCAGAUCAAGUUGUCCAUCAAGCGCCUGGUGACCACCGGGGUCCUCAAGCAGACCAAAGGGGUGGGCGCCUCGGGGUCCUUCCGGCUGGCCAAGAGCGACGAGCCCAAGCGGUCGGUGGCCUUCAAGAAGACCAAGAAGGAAGUCAAGAAGGUGGCCGCGCCGAAGAAGGCGGCCAAGCCCAAGAAGGCAGCCGCCAAAGCCCCCAGCAAGAAGCCCAAAGCCACCCCGGUCAAGAAGGCCAAGAAGAAGGCGGCUGCCACGCCCAAGAAAACCAAAAAGCCCAAGACUGUCAAAGCCAAGCCGGUCAAGGCAUCCAAGCCCAAGAAGGCCAAGCCGGUGAAGCCCAAAGCCAAGUCCAGUGCCAAGAGGGCCGGCAAGAAGAAGUGACGGGGGGCCUUUCUCCUGGACACUCCUGCCUGUCUCCUGUUUCCUGUAAAUACUUUUCCUCCCUCCUACGCCUCACCUGCGGCCCCUGGCCCCUUUCUAUUCUGACUUGAUGCGAGACAGAAUUUGGAUUCCUCAGAAAUUAGGGACUAGUUCAUUCUUCCUUAACCAGUCGUACAAGGACAGCAAAAAAAAAAAACAACUCAUCUCCGUAAUGAUGAGAAUGUACUUCUAUUUUGUUCUGUUAAUUUGUUAUUAUUAAUCUGCUUAGGGUUUGGGGGUGGGUUCGUGUGUUUUGUUCAGGCGGGUGGUUGGUUCGCUGUGAAGGUGAAUGGAGGAUGAGGGGGAGCGGGGAAGGCCGCUGGUUUGGGCUGGUUGAGAGGGAGCCCAGGGGUUGUAAGAUUUGUAGGAAUAUCUUUGAGACAAGUGGGUUUUCUUUAAGUUGAGCGGCCCCUGUGAGUUUCGGGACCUUGUUGGGGAGGCGAGGGGUGGCAGCAGUUGGACGCCAAUUAGGUGGAAUAAGCCCUCUGGGGACUCCACCUCCCAGUGGGGAGCAGCGGGGGUCCAAGUCCAGUUUCCUGCUCACUUCUGAGUCUGCCCCUGUGGCUCCCAUUGUCCUAGGGAAGGAGGGGGUGACAGCUGGUCUGAGAAGCUAUGGCUUCUCAGCUGGAAACUAGCCAUGGGGGGGGGGGGGGGGUUCUUUGUGGCUUUGGAAAGUCUCCCGUUGAGGGAGUGGAAACUUUGGGGGAAGGGUGGGGAGUCAGUCAGCCAAGUGCCUCAGUGUGCCCCGUUGAAACUUGGGUUUUUCCACACAAUUGGAUUGUAUUCCCCGGUGUUUUGGUUCCUCCUGUACAAGAGGUGGCUUUGGGGGUCUGGUGAGUCCAGCCCUGCCCGCGCCACCUACACACACGUCCCGACCUCUUUAUUUCUGCGUCUUUUCUAAGUAGUGGUGGGUGGGGCGGGGCGGGGAGUGGACAGUAAGACAUACUGCAGUCGACUUUUGAAUUGCUAAGUAGUUUCAGAGCUGGUCUGUGUCUGCGUGUAAAGUGUACAUACCUGCUUAGAGCUAGCACUUAGUUUCACACCCGGGAGCUGGGAGAAAAAACCUGUACAGUCCUUCCCAUAAAAUAGGAAAACGCGCAGUUCGCGUCGUAUCCCCCCCACCCCCCUUUUGUAAAAAGUACCCCACAAGUGUUAUUUGUGCCGGGGAGAAUUUGCUGUCUUUGUAAUUUUGAAACUUUAAAAUAAAAAUCUGAAAAAAGGACAAAA